GGGGAGAGACUGGGCCUGGGAGCGUGGACUGGGGAGAGGGCUGCUGUGGAAAGGAUGAGAGCUGAGUGGGGAGAGGGUUUCUGGGGAAAGGAGAAGGGGGCCUGAGGGGGAGGAAGGAUGGACGAGACAAGAGAAUUGGAGACUGAGUUGUGGAUAGGGCGUGGACAAGGAAUCCUGGAGAGGGAAUUCCUGCACCUUCCCCGGUUCCUUUCCUUGCCCUUUGGCCCCGCCUGACUCUUGGAGGGUUGUGGCUAGGAGAUGGCGGUUUACUGCCCUCCUUCCCCGAGCAGAAUUUGCUUCCUAGGAAUGCCCUCAGACAGGUCUGCUUCCAUCUAGGCACAGAGCCUCUUGUUUUUCAGUGGCCUCCAGCACUGCUAGACCCUCAAAGUCAAGGGCCUUGUGUGUUUUGUGUUGAAUAGGUGUACCUUUCACAUAAUAGCUUGUGUGCGGCUAGGUUGUCCUAUGCUGUCCAUGGCUGUGGAGAAAUGGUGUGUUUUUUUCAUCAGAAUUGCCCAUUCUCAUAUCUUAGUCCAUGUCUCAAGUCUAGCCUUGACAUGUUCAAGUGUGUGAGUUUUCAUAUACAUAUUGCAUCUAUUAUUGGUUUCAUGUUUCUUACACGUUUUUUUACGCAUGUGUACUUUAGCAGGUAGAAAUUAUACCUUAUUUUGGGGGGCUCACUUGUUCUGCCCAUGGUCCUGUCAUAUGCAGUCUUCAAUGUGUGGGACCUAUGCUUACGUGAUUAGCACACACUCCUUUUGUGAUCGGGUUGGUCUCUCUGCUGCAUAUGUUUUCCCAGGCAGGGUUCAUGAUACACUGAUGUGACAUGCCCAAAAUGUGUGCUUAUGGUUUCACUAUUUCUUAAUUUUAUUGGCAGUAUAUUUUGGGAACAAUGGGCUCAUUAACCCAUUUGGCUCUCCAUUGCAUUUAUAAGUCCUUGGAUAUUUCUGCUCCAGAAAGGGUCACUUAAUGUUACGUAUUAGAGAGGGUAACUGGGCCUCCAUCUCCCCAAAGAAUCAUACCCAGGUGACUCACCUUGCUGAUCUCUGGCCUGUGUCUCUUUCCACACAUUAUCUUGCCAGUGGCUGUGUACAGCCUGUGUCUGGAGUUCAGAGUAUGCCCUGGGUCGGCCCUGCCGUACACAUUAUCUGUCCCCAACUAUGCACUGUUGGCAUGUAUUUGAUGACAGCAGUAUCUUUACCUGUGGCAUGCUAAUCCCCUUCUGUAUGUUUCUCUUGUGUGUACGAUGGUGUGUGCCAUCUUGACUUGUUGCCCUGCUUUCACUGUGGGCGUGUACUGCAUGUGUAUAUUCAGAGUAGGUUACCAUUAGGCUCGCUGUGUUCACUGCUUUCUCAGUGACUUUCCAUUAUAGCUAAUAGUCCUCAAGAGGGUAGCUGUCUUACUCAUUCUCGGAACGGUCACCUCUGUCAUUAAUCAUGGUUGUGCGGGUAUGUAUACAGCCCUAUGAUCUAUCUGUUCAGCAAAUGUUUAUGAGUGCCUUCUGUGCCUCUUGUCCUAGGCAUUGGGGAUAAGGCAGAGUCUCUGCCCUCAAGCUGCUUAUAGACUAGAAAGGGAAACAGAAAUGCCAGUGAGCAGUUAUAUACAGUUAUGUUACAACCAGUGGUUCUCAAACUCACCUGGAAGGCUUGUUAAAGUAGAGAUUAAUGGAGCCAAUAUACAGAAUUUCUGAUCCAGGAGAUCUGGGGUAAGGUCUAAGAAGUUGUAUUUCCACCCUUUAAGAGCCAGUGAUUAAGAUAAAAGUGUAAUGAAAAGUCAGGCCUGGUGGAGUUCAAAAAGACCUCCAAAAUGUGACACUGAACUGAGUGAGGCAGGUGAAGAGGUGGAAGGGCAUUUCAGCCAAAAGGAACAGCAUGCUCAUGGCACAGAAGCAUGAAAGGUCAUGGUGUGUCUGAGGAACUGAUGUAAAUCAGUUUGGAGUAAAAGGCAUUUGUGGGCAUGUGGCCAAAGAUGUAAGCAGAAGUCAACUUGUCAAGAAGUUUCCUUUAUGCAAGAGAGGGAAAUGCCCAGAUUUGUGUUAUAGAAAAAUUUCUGGUUGCCAUGUGGAAGAAGGAUUGAAGGGGAAGAGUUAGGAGCCUGUUGCAAAUAGUCCAGAGGAGAAACACUGGUCCAAACUUGCAGGGGCAGUGGGAUGGGUGGCUCCAAAGCCUACAUUUUAGAGCUGGCAGUCUCCUGUUUCCUCUAUUGCCUGUUACCUUUGCUCUUGGCAGUGGGCUUACCUUUGAGUACAGCCCUUCCUGGUAUAGGAAGGGAGUGUCUUUGGCCUUGAUAGUAUUUGCCUGAACACCAGUUUUGUGAAUUGUGACCCUGCCCCACUGCUGGGGAAAGAAGAGUAGAAGAAGGAAGGGCCUAGAAGGCAGGUUCUGGGCGCCUGCCCAUCUUCCUCCUGAGCUCUUUCCUCUUCCAGGGUAGGUCAUAUGAUGUCUCUUACUCUCUGCCCUUUUCUCACUUGGUGAGGCCUUACCCUCUGUACCUGCCUGACCAAACUGCCUCCCGCGUUGCUGGAAGGGAAGGAAGGAGUGGUGGGAUUCGUUUGCCUGUCUGUGGAGGCAGGAUUGAUGGAGGUAGUUACUCCUAGUAUGUCCGUGGCUUUAUCUGGAACGGGAGGCUGCCUAGGUGGAAAGGGAUUUUUCUAGGUAUGCAUUUCCAGUCCUUCAUCUGUCACUGGAUGUGAUUAUAAAUUUGUGUAUGUGUGUGAACUGGUCCAGCUGUGUGUGUAUGUUUGCCUUAGUGACAGAGCCUUUAUUCUUGUAAGUCAACCUUUGAGAAUGUCUGUGGGUAUUUUGUAACUUGCACAGUAUCUGCUAUGUGUGCACCUAUGUAAUUCGCAUACAGAUAGCAGUGGGAUUGAGUUGUUAGGGGCACAGACAAGCUGCUUAGGUUGAAGCUAGGAAGUUCCUUGUAGGUGUCAUAUAUCACCUCAGGUAAGGUACUUAACCUCUCUGGGCCUGUUUCCUAUAAAAUGUAAAUUUUGUGGUUUAACAUAGUGUAUAAUAUGUAUAGAUCAGCCCUAACAAAUAUAAUGCAAGCCGUAUAUGUCAUUUUUAGUUGUCUGGUAGCUACAUUGAAAAUGGUAAAAAGUAACAGGGUGAAAUUAAUUUUAAUGCACUCUAUUGAACACAAAAGUUAUAAUUUCAAAAUGUAAUCCAUAUAAAAGGUUAUUAAUGGGAUAUUUUACAUUCUGUUUUUCAUUCAAAGUUUUUGCAGUCUGAUGUGUAUUUUACAUUUCCAGCACAUCUCAAUUCAGACUAGGCCACAUUUCAAGUGCUCAGCAGCCAUGUGUGGCUGGUGGCUGCUGGAUUGGACAGCAGAGGUGUAGACCCUUAUAAGACCCUUAAAAAACCCUUACCAGCUACGAGUGUUAGCUCUCCAUUUUAUUGUCCUUUUAUUAUCAUGCAUCUGUGACUUGUGGAUGUACGUGUCUCCUGUCUCAUGUGCAUCUGAAGGUAUCUGGAGCCUUCAGAGAGAGGGGCGGGAGACCAGUCCCAAGCUCCCCACUGGCCCCAUCCUAGAGAGGCUUCCUGAGUGGGUUUCGAUGGGAGCCCUGGCCCCAUCCUGUGUCUCCUGCCUUCUGCACCUCGUCCACCCCACCCCCCUCCAGGAAUCAGGCCCACUGUCCCUCACCCCUACCCUGCAGGUGACCAGAAUGGACCUGUGGCCAGGGGCAUGGACGGUGCUGCUGCUGCUCUUCCUGCUGCUGCUCUUCCUGCUGCCCACCCUGUGGUUCUGCAGCCCCAGUGCCAAGUACUUCUUCAAGAUGGCCUUCUACAAUGGCUGGAUCCUCUUCCUGGCUGUGCUUGCCAUCCCUGUCUGUGCCGUGCGAGGACGCAAUGUCGAGAACAUGAAGAUCUUGCGUCUGAUGCUGCUCCACAUCAAAUACCUGUACGGGAUCCGAGUGGAGGUGCGAGGGGCUCACCACUUCCCUCCCUCACAGCCCUAUGUCGUCGUCUCCAACCACCAAAGCUCCCUCGACCUGCUUGGGAUGAUGGAGGUACUGCCCGGCCGAUGUGUGCCCAUCGCCAAGCGGGAGCUACUGUGGGCUGGCUCUGCUGGGCUGGCCUGCUGGCUCGCAGGAGUCAUCUUUAUCGACCGGAAGCGCACUGGGGAUGCCAUCAGUGUCAUGUCUGAGGUCGCACAGACCCUGCUCACCCAGGACGUGCGAGUCUGGGUUUUUCCUGAGGGCACAAGAAACCACAAUGGCUCCAUGCUGCCCUUCAAACGUGGAGCCUUCCACCUUGCAGUGCAGGCCCAGGUUCCUAUUGUUCCCAUCGUCAUGUCCUCCUAUCAAGACUUCUACUGCAAAAAGGAGCGCCGCUUCACUUCGGGGCGAUGUCAGGUUCGGGUGCUGCCCCCAGUGCCCACAGAAGGGCUGACACCAGAUGACGUCCCAGCUCUGGCUGACAGAGUCCGACACUCCAUGCUCACUGUUUUCCGGGAAAUCUCCACUGAUGGCAGGGGUGGUGGUGACUAUCUGAAGAAGCCUGGAGGAGUGGGCGAGGCCCGGCUCUGAGCUCCCCUUCCAUCUAAACCCACAUUCCUCCACACACCUGCUAGCCCAGUGGGUCCUGAAGCAGGACCAAGCCCUCUUCCUCGUUUCCCCUCGUUCCCCCUCUCCCCACUCAGUCUCCUCUUUGGAAUCUUCAGCUUCUGAAGUGAAUGUCUCUGCCCCUUCCCAGCUCCCCCCAUGGACUCUCUUGCCUCGGUGCAGUCUCCACUCAGACCCCCACCCACCUCCUGUGCCAUUGAGUCUAUGGGACAGUUGCCUCCCCCUCAUCUCCAGUAGCUCAGCCUACACACAGGUGGAAGCACUCCAUCCUGUCCCCAGUGGACCUUCUUCCUUUGUGGUCUUCGCUCCCUCUCCACCCCACAUUGGCCAGUGGACCCACCCGUUCUGUGGAACAAUCCCCCCCCCCGGGUCCAUGGAUUCCGUGGACUCAUCCCAUUGUGAGGAGGACUCCUCAUGCUGUGCCUGGAAGCUGAUGCCUGGAACACUCCUCCCAGGCUCCUCCUGGGAAUACUCCUCAGCACCUUCACCCUCCCUCCCAUGGAGCCUCCUGUCAGUGGAGGCUGGACUCUUCUCACUCAGAGGUCUCAUUCCUGCCCAUGCCCAGGUGCCCAGGACUGUGCAUACUCCUGGAUGCCAGUUUGGUCUUGACAUUUCUGCUUCCCCUGUCCCUGUGCCCCGGCCCCACCCAUCCCCCUGCAGCCCUUCUGUACCAUUCUAAUGAGACAAGGGGCAAGGGGUAGCCACGUGCUGCACUCACUGCUCCCUGAGGGGCUGGGGGAGAGCACUGAACCCUGGCUGGAGGGGAUGGGAGGGCUUUUAAUUUAUUUCUCUUUCUUUGAGGUUUCCCCCCUCUGAGCCAGUUUUCAUUUCCUCCCUGUGGCAUUAGCCUCCCUGCCUCCCAUCCCAGACUAGUGCCCACAACAGGGAGGGGCUGGGAGCAAAAGGAGAGGGUGGGACUCCAUUUUUCAUGGUUGGUUUUUAUUAAUUAUCUGGAUAACAGCAAGAAACUGAGAAUAAAGAUUGAGCGAGAUCUGGA